AUGCAGCGGAGUCCGGAGUCGCCGCUCAGCGGCCAGCCCCGGGGAAGCCGCCCGCGGGGCGGCGGCUCCGGGCCCGCCGGGCCGCGGCGCGAUGCGCGUCCUCCCCGCGGUGCGCGCCCUGGCGCCGGCCCUGGCCCUGGCGCUGCUGCUGCUGCCCGCCGCGCCCGCCGGCGCCGGCCCCGCCUGCUGCCCGGCCGGCCUCACGUGUGUGCCGGACAGGAGCUGAGCCUGGUGGGUCACCGGCAGCCCUGCGUGCGGGCCUUCAGCCGGGCGGUGCCCGUGUGGAAGCCAGGCUGCGGGCGGCAGGCGUGGUGUGCGGGCCACGAGCGCAGAACCGUCUACUACACGGGCUACCGGCUGGUGUACGCCGUGGAGACGCAGACCGUGCUCAGGUGCUGCCCAGGGUGGAGCCAGCUGCCCGGCGACCAGGGCUGUCUGUCCCCCCGGUGCAGUGCCGGCUUCUGUGUGAACGGUGGACGCUGCCUGUCCGGCUCGGCCCCCCGGUGCCGCUGUCCCCCAGGCUUCCGGGGCCCUCGCUGCCAGCACGAUGUGGAUGAGUGCCAGACGCACAACGGCGGCUGCCAGCACAGCUGCGUGAACACGCCCGGCUCCUACCUCUGCCAGUGCAAACCCGGCUUCCGGCUGCAUGCGGACGGCAGGACCUGCCUGGCCGUCAACUCCUGCUCCGUGGGCAGCGGCGGCUGCCAGCACGAGUGCGUCCAGGUCACGGCCACCCAGCACCGCUGCCAGUGCCGGCCCGGCUUCCAGCUCCAGGACGACGGCAAGCGCUGCGCGCGGAGAGACCCGUGUGCAGACCGGAACGGCGGCUGCAUGCACACGUGCCAGGCCCUCCAGGGCGUCGCCCGCUGCCAGUGCCACGCCGGCUACCGGCUGGCCGCCGACCGCAAGGCCUGCGAAGACGUGGACGAGUGCGCCACGGGGCUGGCCCAGUGCGCCCACGGCUGCCUCAACACACGGGGGUCCUUCAAGUGCGUGUGCCACGCAGGCUACGAGCCGGGUGCUGAUGGCCGGCAGUGCUACCGGAUCGAGAUGGAGAUUGUGAACAGCUGCGAGGCCGGCAAUGGCGGCUGCUCCCACGGCUGCAGCCACAGCAGCGCGGGGCCCCAGUGCACCUGCCCCAGCGGCUACCAGCUGGACGCUGACCAGAAGACCUGUGUGGACGUGGACGACUGCGCCGCCGCGCCCUGCUGCCAGCAGGUCUGCACCAACAGCCCCGGCGGCUACGAGUGCGGCUGCUACGCCGGCUACCGGCUCAGCCCCGACGGCUGUGGCUGCGAGGACGUGGACGAGUGCGCCUCGGGACGCGGCGGCUGCGAGCAGGGCUGCGUGAACCUGGCCGGCUCCUUCCGGUGCGUCUGCGAGCCGGGGUACCGGCUGGACGAGGACCGCAGGGGCUGCACCCCCCUGGAGCUGCCCCAGUUGGACCUGGACGGCCAGCUUCCCCUCGUGCGGGCCCUCCCACACAUCGCGGUGCUCCGGGACGAGCUGCCCCCCCUCUUCCAAGAUGACUACGUGGGGGCCGAGGAGGAGGAGGCGGAGGCCCGGGGCGAGCACACGCUGGAGGAGAAGUUUGUGUGCCUGGACCAGUCCUUCGGCCGGGACUGCAGCCUGACCUGUGACGACUGUCGCAGGGGCGCCUGCCUCCCGGGGCUGGCCGGCUGCGACUGCCCCGCGGGCUGGACCGGGCUCGUCUGCAACGAGACCUGCCCUCCCGGCACCCACGGGAAGAACUGCAGCUUCUCCUGCUCCUGUCAGAACGGCGGCACCUGCGACCCCGAGACGGGCGCCUGCCGCUCCCCGGGCGUCGGGGGAGCCCACUGCGAGGACGGCUGCCCCAAGGGCUUCUACGGCCGGCUCUGUCGCAAGAAGUGCCACUGUGCCCACCGUGGCCGCUGCCACCGCCUCUACGGGGCCUGCCUCUGCGACCCAGGGCUCUACGGCCGCUUCUGCCACCUGGCCUGCCCGCCGUGGGCCUUCGGGCCGGGCUGCUCCGAGGAGUGCCAGUGCAAGCAGCGGAACACCCGGGCGUGUGACCGGCGGGAUGGCCGCUGCGCCUGCAAGGCGGGCUACCGGGGCGAGCAGUGCCAGGACGAGUGCCAGCCGGGUUCCUUCGGGCCGGGGUGCCAGCACACGUGCGCCUGCCCCCCGGGCGUGGCCUGUGACCCAGUCAGCGGCGCGUGCUGGGAGCAGUGUCCUGCUGGCCACCAGGGGAAGGACUGUGCCCAAGAGUGCCCCGCGGGGACGUUUGGUGUGAACUGCUCGGGCUCCUGCUCCUGUGCGGGAGCCCCCUGUGACCGGGUCACCGGGCAGUGCCUGUGCCCACCAGGGAGGACGGGGCUCGACUGCGGGGCAGACUGUCCCGAGGGUCGCUGGGGGCUCGGCUGCCAGGAGAUCUGCCCGACGUGUGAGCACGGGGCCACCUGUGGACCCGAGGACGGCGCCUGCCGCUGCCAGCCCGGCUACGUGGGCAACCGCUGCCAGGACGUGUGCCCCGCGGGCUGGUUUGGGCCCGGCUGCCUGCUGCCGUGCUCCUGUGCCAACGACGGGCUCUGCCACCCUGUGACCGGGCACUGCAGCUGCGCCCCUGGGUGGACCGGCCUCAGCUGCCAGAGAGCCUGUGACGGCGGGCGCUGGGGACCUGACUGUAGCCACAGCUGCAACUGCAGCAGCGGCCGCGGGAGCUGCGACGCGGUCAGCGGCCGGUGCCUGUGUGAGGCCGGCUUCGUGGGCCCGCGGUGCGAGCAGCGGUGUCCCCAGGGCCACUUCGGGCCCGGCUGCGGGCGGCGGUGCCGGUGUGAGCACGGGGCCGCCUGUGACCACAUCAGCGGGGCCUGCACCUGCCCGCCCGGCUGGAGGGGGACCUUCUGCGAGCGCGCCUGCCCGGCCGGCUUCUUCGGACUGGACUGCCGCAGCGCCUGCGACUGCUCCUCGGGGGCCCCCUGCGACCCCGUGAGCGGCUCCUGCCUCUGUCCCGGCCGCCAGGGCCCCCGCUGUGCCCAGACUUGCCCGGCCCACACCUACGCCAACUGCAGCCAGGCCUGCUCCUGCUUCAACGGGGCCUCGUGCAACCCCGUCCACGGGCAGUGCCGCUGCAGCCCGGGCUGGACAGGGCCCACCUGCCGGCAGGCCUGCCCCGCGGGCCUGUACGGCGAGGACUGCCAGCUCCCCUGCCUCUGCCAGAACGGCGGCAGCUGCGACCCGGUGUCAGGCCGCUGCACGUGCCCCGAGGGCUGGACUGGCCCGGCCUGUGAGCAGGAGUGCCGCCCGGGGAGCUUCGGAGCCGGCUGUCAGCACAGCUGCAGGUGCCUCCACGGCGGCCUCUGCGACCAGCACACGGGGCGCUGCCUCUGCCCAGCCGGCUGGACGGGGGACGCGUGCCAGAGCGCCUGUGCCGAGGGCACGUUUGGGGUUCACUGUGAGGAACGCUGUGACUGCCGGCGGGGAGGUGCCUGCGACCGCGUCUCCGGGGACUGCCUCUGCCCCCCGGGGUGGAGGGGCUUGCGGUGUGAGCACGCCUGCCCGCCUGGCUGGUUCGGGAUGGACUGCGCCCAGCGCUGCCAGUGCCCCCCUGGUGCCGCCUGCCACCAUGCCACUGGCGAGUGCCGCUGUCCCCCUGGCUUCCUCGGACCCGGCUGUGAGCAGCCCUGCCCUCCCGGCACCUUUGGGGAGAGCUGCAGCCAGAGGUGCCGGUGUCCCGGCGAGAACCAGGCCUGCCUGCCCGCCUCCGGGGCCUGCGUGUGCGCUGCCGGCUUCCACGGCCCCAGCUGCGGGCAGCGGUGCCCUCCUGGGCAGUUCGGGCCCGGCUGCGAGCAACAGUGUGGGUGUCUGAACGGCGGCUCCUGUGACCCGGCCUCGGGGGCCUGCCUUUGUCCUGCGGGCUUCCUCGGAGCUGACUGCAGCCUCACCUGUCCAGCAGGCCGCUUUGGCCCCGGCUGUGCCCAUGUGUGCUGGUGUGGGGAGGGGGCAGCCUGUGACCCCGUGACGGGCACCUGCACCUGCCCCCCAGGGAGGACCGGCACCCACUGUGAGCAAGGGUGCCCCCAGAACCGAUUUGGCGCGGGCUGUGAGCGCGUGUGCGCCUGCAGAAACGGGGGCCUGUGCCACGCCGCGGACGGCAGCUGCUCCUGCGGCCCCGGCUGGACAGGGCCGCACUGCGGACAGGCCUGCCCGCCCGGGCGCUACGGGCCCGCCUGCCGGCUGGAGUGCGCCUGCCGGCACAACCACACCUGCGAGCCCGCCUCGGGCGCCUGCCGCUGCGGCCGCGGCUUCUACGGCCCCGCCUGCGAGCACACCUGUCCCCCCGGCUUCCACGGCGCCGGCUGCCGCGGGGCCUGCGCCUGCCAGCACGGGGCCCCCUGCGACCCGGUCAGCGGCCGCUGCCUCUGCCCCGCCGGCCUCCGCGGCGACCUCUGCGAGGCGGGCUGCGAGCCCGGCUCCUUCGGGGACGCCUGCCGCGGGCGCUGCGACUGCCGGGGCGCGCCCUGCGACCCCGCUCCCGGCCGCUGCCUCUGCCCGCCCGGGCGCACGGGGCCCGCCUGCGGCCUCGACUGCAGACGCGGCUUCUUCGGGCCGGGCUGCGCCCUGCGCUGCGACUGCGCGGGCGGGGCGGACUGCGACCCCCGGAGCGGGCAGUGCCGCUGCCUGGACGGCCGCGCGGGGCCCUCGUGCCGGCAGGGGGGGACCCCCCAGCUUCCUGAGAGCUCAUCCCCAGCCCCGGGCCCAGGGACCUCACAUCCUGGUGCCCUCGGGCCAGCACCCGGGCUCAGCAGCAGGGCCUCGAAGCGCUAGCUCAGAGACAGCCCCGUGAGGCCCCGAGACACCUCCCGAGAGCGCCCAGGGACCCAGAGCUUUGGCAGCAACUGAGGAAGGACACUUGGGCCAGGAGUCUGGUCCUGCCUGUCCCCGGGCUGUGGACAGCCGCGGCCUCUGGCUCGGCCGGAUGGGCUGAGCACAAGUGGACCCAGCGAGUAGACUCUGCUCCGGCUGCCCUGGCCGCAGCCGCGCCUCCCCGGUUCUGGAGGGAGUGCAGGCGCGGGGUGCCCGCGCUCCAGCGGGUUAUUCUGGUGCUAGGCCUGGAACUGCCGCAGCCCUGUCGCCUGCAGACAGGGCCGGGCCCGUGUCCAGGUGCUCACAGGCGGCCCACAAGCCCGUGGUGCCUGCCCGGGACGCCCCGACUCGGGGCUGCGGGGCCCGGGGCCCGGGGCGGGUUCCUGUGCCGUGUGAACAGUAAGUUAAGAAAGGAGCCGUGGCUUCCUCGUGGCCGAGUGUCGCUGUGUGUGGUCUCGCCAAGGUGGCCCCGGGCGCCGCCGUGGCCCACAGAAACCCCAGCUGGGGAGACCCCCGCCCUGCCCUCUCAACCCUGCUCCUCCCUGGGCUGGGGGGUGUCACGUAGGUAAACUCGGGGCUUAUCCGGGCUCCUGUGCUCCAGAGAGACCCUAGGGCUGCCCUGGCAGAGGCAGGUGGACCCCAGAACAAGCUCAGGAAGGGGGACCGCAGAGCCUGCUGGCAGGGGCAGGACCCCAGGGGGAGGCCAGCCCUGGGCACCCAGCUCCUGGCCUCAGGGCAGAAACAAGGGGUGGGUGCCUGUGGGGAGGGUUGAACCAAAUGGGCACGUGGGCCCCUGCUGUGAGGCUCUGCCCCUCCUCCCCCGGGA